AUGACAACAACGCCUCUAGCGACUGGACUUCCGAAAACGUCGGUGCAUUUGUUUCCGCUUCUUCCUCUUGCUCGCGUCUCGAUCGUGGAUUGUCCAGUACCGGCCGCCUCUGCACCCUUACGCGCAGCGCCCAUGCUCUUCCCAGUUUCUUUCUCUUUCCAUUUCUCUUUCUCUCGCGGAGCCUUCCGCGCCUCAACCACACUCUUCACAUUCGCUUCUCUCUUCUCCGCCUCAGCUCCCAACGAGGAACUCUGGACAUCAAUGUCCAUCGCAUUGGCAUCAGCCGCCAAGGGUCUCUUGUGCCUAGAGCCCGCGAUACCCAGAGCUCUCUCCCAAGGAUCCCUCAACAGACUUCCCGGUGCGCAGUCAACGCAUCCGGACGAGCAGUCAACAUGGGUACCUAUGCUCCCCAUACAAAGCGUUCCCCGUUCCAUAGGAAACCCCACGAGAGGCAGGAGUGAACGCACUAGCAGCAGAAGGGAACUCGUCCCCAUCCCCGACCCCGUCUCUUCCACUAGUAGUGGGCCGAAGUCGGGUCUUCGAGUUCUGUUGACUUUCAAUCGCUCGCCCCUCAUUUACGCUUCCCCUCCUGACUCCUUUGUCCCUCCUCACCCCCUCCACACCCCUGCCCCUCAACAGGGAGACAAACAGCUCGCUCCUCAACAGGCGAACAAGCAAGCAUAUCGAAAUGCAAAUUCUGAGGAACCACCUAUGGACCGCCUCCAUUCGUCGUGUGCGCAGGCUGCUCUUAGCGUUAUUAUUUGUAUAGAGGAGGAGGGGGUAAAAGUGUUGUUGGUGGUGCUGGAGCUGGAGGUGGAGGUGGAGGCGGUCAAAGUGGAAGCGGAGUACGUGUUGGCAGAAGACCAAGGCCUCUUGGCCGAAAACGAAGCACUUCCGCAUUCCUCUUCAAUCGAAGUCUGGGCGUGGGUGGGGGGCAAUUUGAGUCUUGACGAAGGCGAGGUAGCUGGGUGGGGUACGCCUGUUCCCGUUCCUGUCCCCCCUUUAUUCUCCUCCAAGGCCAACCCCCUCGUCGGAUCCGUCAUAACAGCCAACUUCCUCAAAUACCUCACCCGUUCCACAAGCUUCCAAUGCGUCGGAAUAACCUUCUCACUCCUCUUUCUCGUCGCCUCCCUCGCGACAUUCAUGAAUUCCUCGUCCCACGUCCUAAAUAUCGCCGUCAUUUGUGCGAGUAGACACUCGAAGUGCAUCCAUGAACCCCACCUCCUCGCUCCUCAACUGUGCCUCUAUCGCGUCCAAUACGCACUCGAGGCUCAACCAGAAGUUGAUAUCUUGCGAUGCCGUGCCGCAGGAAACGCCCCUCCUGAGCGUGGUCACCGCUUGUAUGGCUUGAAUCCAUGUGUUGACGUGACGGUGAAAGAGGGAUGGGAGUGGAAACAGGACAGAGGAGUCAAUGGAAGAUGUUCCAAAGGCCAGAAAGAACACGCCAAACGAGACCCUAGCGAGGAUUGUCUGAGGAUCGAACACCUUGAAAAUGGCAGAAAACGGACCCACCUAGCACACCCAGGUAAAGCACACACAAUCUCCACUCCAAUACUAACCCCCACUAACCGGAUACGCCGUCCUCGCCGCGUCUUCAAACCAGAUGGAUAUUCCAAGAGUGCGAGUGCCGAAUACAAUUCCAUCGAUGCACCGAGUGCCUUGCGAACUUGA